CCCACCGUUCACACAGUACAUAACGAUAAAACCAACAGACCCUAACCGUUAAGAACGCAGACCCUCAUUCACAACGUGUGCCCCCAUUGAAAGUCAAAUAAAUCAUUGGCUCGGAGCGCGCCAACUCAAACUCUCUUUGGUAGUCCUUAACGCAGUGGAACCGAACUCCUUACGCUUGGCCAGUGGCCACUUAGUAGUUGUUAAAAAAAAGGGCACUUACUUAGUUCCCGCCGUUUAAGUGACAGAAACCGAAACGCUGCCAGCAUUCUCUGUGCACAAAGUGGGCGUUCUUUUUUCACUGCUCAAAUCGUUUUCUCCCUCUAUUGAUCGUUUGAGAAUUCUUCAAAUUCGAAACCCUAAUUCUCUCCGUCGCGUUCGUUAAUGGUGCUUCAUCCUCGUCCACGCCGUUCCAAUGGGAACGACCAGCAGCCUGUAGCUGAAGCUGAAGCUGAUGGCCGAGGCACCAGUGUUAACUAUGCAGAUAUUCACACUAUAUCUUCUGAUUUUGAUUCUGAUUCUGAUUCUGAUUCUGAUUCUAUUGUAUAUUCAAAUUCUAGUUACGAAGGAUUGCUAGAUAACUUCAAUCAAGAACCAGGGUCAAGUAGUAGCAGUUGUGACACUUCUGAUUAUUAUGAGCAUGGAAAAAGGCAAAAGCCAAAGUUCAGUAAUGCAAGAAGUUCUCACGUGAAAAAUAGAGGACCAAAUGAUGUUGAUAGAGUGGUGGACAAUGCAGAUAUGAAUGAAUGCUCAAUGACUCAGCAGGAAUCAGUUCCCCAUGAUUUGACUGGAACGAAAAAGAAGAAAAAUAGAAAAAAAAGAAAAGGGAAAAAGCCAAAGCUGCUAUGGCAAGUAUGGGAAAAUGACCAAGAAAGAUGGAUUGAUGAGAAUUUUUCAGAAGAUGCUGACUUAGAUAAUCAGAAUGAAGUAUUGACAGAAACUGCUGAGGCAUCUUCUGAUCUGACUAUGCCUUUACUUAGGUACCAAAAGGAAUGGUUAGCCUGGGCUUUGAAACAGGAAAAUUCUGAUACUAGAGGUGGCAUCCUUGCAGAUGAAAUGGGAAUGGGAAAGACGAUUCAAGCAAUAGCACUUGUCCUUGCCAAACGUGAAUUGAUGCAAAGUAGUUCUGCACCAGCUGAACCCAUACUAUCGCAUUCACCUUCUUUAUCUGGAAUCUUGCCUGCGAUCAAAGGAACACUUGUCAUUUGUCCUGUUGUCGCUGUUACUCAGUGGGUUAAUGAGAUUGAUCGGUUUACCAUCAAAGGAAGCACCAAGGUGCUCGUUUAUCAUGGGGCAAGGAGAGGGAAGAGUAUUGAACAGUUCUUGGAUUAUGAUUUUGUGAUAACUACGUACUCUACUGUUGAGUCUGAGUACAGGAAGUUUAUGAUGCCUCCUAAGGAAAAACAAUCAAGGCAAGUUAAGAAGAAAACAGAAGUCACUAGAGGGAUGUACAAAGAAGGUGUGAGUAAGAUGUCUUGUAGUGAAAAUGAACUGAGCAUGGACGCAGAAGAUGCAAAUGCCACACACAGGGGUAUGUCACUUCUUCAUGCUGUUAAAUGGCUGCGGAUUAUAUUGGACGAGGCACACUACAUAAAGUCCAGACAUAGUAACACAGCAAAAGCAGUUCUUGCUUUAGAGUCUUCCUACAAAUGGGCUUUAAGUGGCACUCCCAUUCAGAACCGUGUUGGAGAACUGUAUUCUCUGGUACGGUUCCUGCAAAUAACUCCAUAUUCAUUUUACUUGUGCAUGGACUGUGAUUGCAGGACCCUUGAUCACAGCUCCAAACAAUGUCCAGACUGCAGCCACAGUUCAGUUAGACAUUUCUGUUGGUGGAAUAAAUAUGUUUCCACACCAAUUCAAUCCUCUCUAAGUAGCUAUGAUGGGCGGGGUAAUAGAGCUAUGGUCUUGCUUAAACACAAAGUUCUGAAGAACAUACUACUAAGGCGCACUAAAAUAGGCAGGGCUGCUGAUCUUGCACUUCCUCCUAGAAUUGUCUCACUGAGAAGGGAUUUUCUGGAUAUAAAAGAGCAAGACUAUUAUGAGUCAUUAUACAAUGAAAGUCAGGCACAAUUUAAUACGUAUGUCGAAUCUAAUACACUGAUGAAUAAUUAUGCUCAUAUAUUUGAUCUUCUCACACGGCUGCGUCAGGCUGUUGAUCAUCCAUACCUUGUGGUAUAUUCUCAAGCUGCGGCACGACAAGGUGGCCAUGUGGCUAGUAAUUCUACUGCUGAAGAACAAGCAUGUGGCAUUUGUCAUGAACCAGUGGAAGAUCCUGUGGUUACCUCUUGUGAGCAUAGAUUUUGCAAGACAUGCUUGAUAGAUUUCUCUACUGCUUUGGGACAAGUAUCAUGCCCUUCAUGCUCUCAAUUACCUACUGUUGAUUUAACUUCCCACAAGGAUGUUGGGUACCAGGCAAAUAAAACCACUAUUAAGGGAUUCAGAUCCUCAAGCAUUUUAAACAGAAUUCAGCUUGAGAACUUUCAGACAAGUACUAAAAUAGAGGCUUUGCGAGAAGAAAUAAGAUCUAUGGUCGAAAGGGAUGGUUCUGCCAAAGGGAUUGUUUUUAGUCAGUUCGCAUCAUUCUUGGAUCUAAUAAACUUCUCUUUGAAUAAGUCUGGGGUAUCUUGUGUUCAAUUGAAUGGAAAUAUGACAAUGACUGCCCGAGAUGCUGCCAUUAAGAGGUUUACCAAUGAUCCAGACUGCAGGAUUUUUCUCAUGAGCCUGAAGGCCGGAGGCGUUGCACUCAAUUUGACUGUAGCAUCACAUGUUUUCCUUAUGGAUCCUUGGUGGAACCCAGCUGCGGAGCGUCAGGCUCAAGACAGAAUUCACCGAAUAGGACAAUUUAAACCUAUAAGAAUUGUGAGAUUUAUAAUUGAGAACACUGUUGAGGAGAGGAUUUUGAAUCUGCAACAGAAGAAGGAACUAGUGUUUGAAGGGAUUAUAGGUGGCUCUUCUGAUGCUCUGGGAAAACUGACGGAGGGAGACUUGAAAUUCCUAUUUGGUACAUAGGUAGGUGCCGGCUUCUAAUUUGGUAGGAGGAUUUGUUGAAGGCCUUCCUGCUAUCCAUUUUGCAGAACUAAUUUUUAGGUAGAAAAAUUAUGAGACCCCACAAUUAUGCCAUGCAUUCUGUGGCAACCCGAUUAUUUUUGAAAGUUUAUGGUGGCAAUGUAAAUGCAUUAGCUGUAAAUACACAUGAUAGGGUAUACAUAUUUCUCCGCUGUGCCUUUUGCCUCUGCCCAUGUAAAUGCGGCAGUGUGCCGUCGAGUGUCAGUGGGGAUUUUGAAGCUCUCAAUAUUCUAAUUCAAUCUUCCCCGUGGAAUAACGGGGCCCCAAUUGUAAUAAUUUUCAGAAUUUCAACGUAAAGCAUAUUCACGCCAGAAGAUUUUUUGUUAUCCCCAUGAGUCCGUUAUUUGCGUCAGAUAUUACAGACUAAA